AUGGACUCGAGGCCAAGGUGGCUUAUUGUGCUUCAACGCACUUGCCACGAGGCCCUUCGUCGUCAAGGAGAAGACCUCUGCGCAUGUGAAGAGCGCCUUGGCCUCAUCACAAGUAGCUGCAGGCAGCCCCCUAAAUACCUGCAAAGAGAUGUCACUGAGGCUGUAGCAUCCAAGGUAGCCCUAGGCUCUGUCUUUCCAGGGGAAAAAGCCACUUCUAUCUACGGUCAGGCCCUCACAUCACCACCGUCCAAAUAAUAUGCGGUAGCAGAAUGUACGGCAACCGUGGCAUCUAGGGCAACAAAGACUCCUUGUGGUUCAUUAAACACUGACAAAUUUAGGAUGGCAUAAGCCUUCGCAGACUACACUCCACUUCAGCACAAAGUUUUUGCUGCAAUAUAUUUGUUAGACUAAGUUGCCAGCCAUAACACAUUUUUGUUUUUGCUGCAACAGACUUAACACACAACUUCCCUUCUGGAAAUGGAAAAAUAUUGGGAGGGGCAUCCUUUACUUUCAACUGGACUGUAAUACAGUAACUGGAAUCAAAUAAUCUGGCUACCCUAAAAUUCAGUGCUAUAAUGAGAUGAUACAGUGCUAUGAGAUGAUACGGUAGUGUUUCAGCUUGCACAGUACAUUAUUCCAACUUUCCUCUGGAGAAUUUAGAGCAGCAUACAGAGUUCUCCCUGCACCCAUUUUAUUCUCAUAACAAUUGUGUGAAGUAGGUUGAACAGAAAGAUGGCGACUGGUCUGAGGCCUCCCGGUUAGUUUCAUGGGUGAAUGGGGAUUGAGCCUGGGUCUCACAAGAUUCUAGUCUAGCCAGGUGUAGCCAAUGUUAAACCCUCCAGAUGUAGUGGACUUCAACUCCCACCAGUAUGGUCAAUGAUCAGGGAUGAUGGGAGUUGUAAUCCAUAAUGUCAGGGCGGAAGCAGUAUGUUAUCUAACCACUGUGCAACACUGGCUCUGAGCUGGCUUUGCGGUGAAUCUAUACCAGGGGUCAGCAACCUUUUCCAGCCAUGGGCCGGUCCACCAUCUCUCAGACCUUGUGUGGGGCCCGACUAUAUUUUGAAGAAAAAAUAAAUAAACAAAUUCUUAUGCCCCACAAAUAACCCAGAGAUGCAUUUUAAAUAAAAGGACACAUUCUACUCAUGUAAAAACACGCUGAUUCCCGGACCGUCCAUGGGCUGGAUUGAGAAGGUGACUGGGCCGCAUUCGGCCCACGGGCCUUAUUUUGCCUACCCCUGAUUUAUAUUGUCUCGCCCUCAUCUGCUAAGAAUUCCGACAUUUGUGUGGGCCAGGGACCUCUCAGGCAUUCUGUUGUGACAGAUUUGCAUUUAAUGAUUCUCUCGAGCAAGAAGGCAACAUGUACAGUAGAUGUUCUAACAUAUAGGUGGCCAAUCUGUGACACUGACAGGACAUGUGGCCCAGGCAGGAAGUGCUUGUGGCACUGCUGGAUUAGAACAGGAGGAACUCUGCUCUGGGAAUGGCACAGAAUUAGGCCUCCAUUAUUGAGUGCUUCUGUCAUAGGAUUUCAAUUACACAGAAGGCAAAGCCACACCAAGGCACAGGGAAUGCAGGUGGGAAGGAGCUUCAUAGGUUACACCAGUGUGGCAAAGUCUCACACUCUGGUAAACUUCUACAAAAGAUUUACUGGUUCUGACCAGAUGACACCAUAUGGCUGGGACAAUCUUGUCAGAUGGGCAGGUUAUAAGAAAUGUUGUCGUUGUUAAAUUAUUACUAUAUUAUAGGCCUCAGCAAAGAUGAUCAUGAAUGCAUCCCUCUACACCAGUCCUAAAGAUAUUUUAUUGGAAAUAAGCAGGGUGGCCGUGUGUCCUACUUUACAGAGAACAGCACUCUCUUUGGGAAGGCUGUCUAGUCCAAGUCUGAUUUACCUAUAAGGAACUGUAAAAAUGAGAACAUCAGCAGUUCUUAGUCAACAGACCAAAUGGGCACACAAGACAUCUUUCCCACCAUGGCAAAAUCUAUUAUACAGAAAUUAUAUAAUAGAAAUUUCUAAUUAUAGAAAUUUAAAUAUGCAAAUUGAUGUCUUCUUUUGUGGUGAUACAGAUUUCUUUUUCGGUAAUGUGUAACUGACCACCCUCAAAGUAAGUCUAAUUGAUUUCAAUUAAUUUACUUUUAAGCAAGCAUGCAUAUGAUUGCAGCCUGAGCCUAGCCAGCUGAAAACAAAGCUAGAUUCAACCUUCGUAAAAUGCGGGUUGUUGUUGGCAUGCGUCUGUCUCGGGAAACAAUGAAGAGCAUGCCUUCGGGAUUGAAGUCAAACCGCUGUAGAGUUUCGGUGCCUGCUGUGGCUGUAGAGAUUGAUAUGGGAGAGAGACAUGUUUUGUUGCAACUGGGGCAGAUGAAGGUGCCCGGUUGCGCUCAUGCAGGUGUACCAUGGCAUUUCUUCUUUCUCCACUUCUCCCAGGAGUCAUUGUUCCUCUGGUUGCUGCUGUGGAUACACAACCUGUGUGUUCAGGUGCUGCUGUCAUCUGCAAGGGAUUCCUACACAGCGGGGUUAAUGUUGCCUGCCUUCAUGUCAUGUUUCAAACAUCUUUGUAAUGCAGAAUUGUUCUGGCAAUGGGCCUGGUGCUUGAAGCCAGCUCUCACAGAGCACAUCCUUGGGGAUCAUGCCAUUUUCCAUUCUGUGGCCAUGACCAAGCCAGCGUAGUCGUCGCUGAUCUAGGAGUGUGAACAUGCUGGGAAUGUGGGCUUGGGAGAGAGCAUCUUUGUUUGAGACUCUGUCCUACAAUGUGAUGCCCAAAGCCUUCCUGAUGCAGCGCAUAUGGAAGGCAUUGAGAUGUCGCUCCUGGCGGGGGGUACAAGUUGCCUACAACUCACUUCCAUAAAGCAGCGUGCUCAACACACAAUCUUGGUAGACCUUCAUCUUGGUAUUGGUUGUUAGCAUCACAUUCUCCCAUACCCUUUUGGAGAGGCAAGCCAUUGUCAUAGUUACCUUGCCAAUACCAUAUCCAGCUCAGCAUUUGGUGAAGAAGUUGCUGGUUAUGGUAGAGCCCAGGUAGACAAAAUUGUCUACCAGCUCAAGAAUGUGGUUAUCAGUGCUGAUGCGUGGAGUGUUGGCGACGUCCUGACCCAGCUGAUGGUAAGACCGAACUCUCUGCAGGUUUGGGCAAAAUGGUUAAUGAGUCUCUGUAGAACUUCCCCAUAGUGUUAAUGCUGUGAGUCCUUCUGCCUUCUGCUCAACCUGAUGUAUAAGCGUAAAUACAACCAUAUGUCACAAAGACAUGACAGUCUCCAGUGACCUUUGGCCCCCACCCCCCAAAAUCAAACCAGAGGUAUACGUUGCCACCCCUGAAAUCCCUUAGCACUUGGCAAUGGGGUGUGCAUAACCAUAUUUUGUGGAGAUAAGGAAAAUUGCACAGAGACAAGUAUGCAAAGAAAACAAAGCAAGAAUUAUUUCCUUUUCCAGUUUCGUACUAUAAGAGGGUUCCACCUUAAGGAAUUUUGUAUUGCUAUCUAGUCCAAGUGCUUUGUCAGUAGCUGUCACCACUACGUUGACAGUAUGGUCCACAUGUGUGCCUCCUCCUUGAUCUGGUGUGCUGCUGAUUUAAUGGGUUUUCCAGUGACAGCAUGCCUAAAGUAUGUUUGCAUGUGCCAGAUUGGCCACACGUGCUAGGCUACAUCUAGGACCCUGCAUGUGAAGAAAGGAAGCAGGGGAGGGCUAUUGCAUUUACUGUGUUCUUGACAUGUGUUGCAUAGGAGGACUGCGUGACUUGCCCAGCAGUACACAAAUACCCCGGGACGCGGGUGGCGCUGUGGGUAAAACCUCAGCGCCUAGGGCUUGCCGAUUGCAUGGUCAGCGGUUCGAAUCCCCGCGGCGGGGUGAGCUCCCAUCGUUUGGUCCCAGCUCCUGCCCACCUAGCAGUUCGAAAGCACUCUUAAGUGCAAGUAGAUAAAUAGGGAUCGCUUUCUAGCGGGAAGGUAAACAGCGUUUCUGUGUGCUGCGCUGGUGCCGGCUCGCCAGAGCAGCUUCGUCACGCUGGCCACGUGACCCAGAAGUGUCUCCGGACAGCGCUGGCCCCCGGCCUCUUAAGUGAGAUGGGCGCACAACCCUAGAGUCGGACACGACUGGCCCGUACGGGCAGGGGUACCUUUACCUUUACUACACAAAUACCCCAACUCAGGGGCUGCCUCUGUGGGUUGCCGUGCUCCCCCAGAGCUCCUCCACUACCAAGUCACUUCAAAAGGGAGGGCAGUUCCACAAAGAAAGCUUCUUCCUCCACUGAAGUGAAUGGGGAUAUCUGCAGGUGCUCUGGAUUGAGAGCAGAGGUUUAAUACAGCUCUUCGCUAGAACCCAUAUGCAGAUGCAUAAGCCUGUGUAGUGUGCACAUGCAACACACAAUUAUCUAUAAUUUAAAACAUUCCUCUUUCCCUCCUCUGCUUGGCCUGUGAUCUCAGAACCCCACCCUGAACUCCAUUCUGUUUUUUUCACUUUAUCUGUUUCCGACACAUGCCAACAGCUGUUUGAAGUUGCCUCUUGUUCUCCACAUCAACAAGGAUUGUGUUCCGCCAGAGACUGACAGUGAGUGAGAUUUUUAUAAACUAGCCAGAAUUUUCAAACACUAAAAGGGAGAGAUGGGAGUUUGGCAAUUGCAGGACUAGUCCUUUGCCUGCCCGCCUGCCUGAGCCUCCCUCCCUCCCCACUCUCCUAUUUAUAUAACCCCCAAAGUCAUAAAAAUGACAACACAUCCAAUAGAAGGGGAUGGAUCUAAUUUACCGCCAGCAGCCCUUAUAAAACCGCAGAUGGGCUGUAGCCUGGGACUUCUCAAUUAGAUUAUAUGCUAAAAUGAAAUUCCAUGGAUUCUGUCCCAGGCCUGAUGGUUAGGGUUAAACCUGGAGUCCCAACUGACGGAGAAUCACAUGCAAGAGCCAGGGAGCUCUUAGCUCUGCUCAAGCCACCUUGUAAUGAGGAGUCUCAUAAGCGCAUCCCCUCUAUACCCCCCCAAUACCUGAGUAUUGUUUGGCAUGGCAAAGGAUGCUACAGAAUCUGGCCUGCGUGGCACUGCACUUCAUGUCCUUUUGUAACAGAUGUGGGCAGGACGUUUGUAUUCUGUUCUAAGAAACAGAAUAAGAAUUAUGCAGUAAGGUACUCCACCUUCUAUGCCAAGAAUGGCACUUUUAUAAUUCUGCAAAUUAGGCCAGUUUAUACCACAUUUGUGUAAGUUUCAUAAUUACUUCUGUCACUAGACAUGGGGAAGGAACUAUACCGGGGAUGAAAACCUUCCCCUGCUGAGCUUUGGAUCAGCUAUCAAGCGUGUCUUCUCAGUCAUGAGGACUGCCAACUUGCUUAAAAAUUAAAUUAUAUUCUCAGGAGGUGCAUUCUGCACCCAACUCAAAAUGAUGUGCUUCUGGGGUGUUGCAGAGGAGACGCGGCUUUUGAUUUGCCCAUGUAUCUGGAUAUCCAAGAAAAUGGGAAGGACUUUAUCUAGGGACAUAGGGAAACUACCUUAUUCCAAGGCAGACCAUUGGUCCAGGUAUUCUUCAACCUUUUUCUAUGGUAGUGUACUUGCUUUGAAUCCAAAAGGUCCCGGUUAUCUAGUGUCUCCAGUUAAAAAGAUCAGGGAUCAGUUGAUGGGAAGCACUCAUCUGUCAUGAAUCCUGGAGAACGGUUGCCUGCCAGAAAAUGAAAUACUGAGGCUGGGCACACAAAUAACCUUCCUAUGCUCCUAAAAUGUGCUGGACACUGAAAUAUGCCCGCUUGAUCUGCUCCAGGUAGUGUGUAGACAGACUCUAACUCAGUUUUAUGGAUGCUGGACUUGCAGGGUAGCUUUUUCAGUUAUGAGCCAGGUUGCUACAGCUGUUCUCUCCUACAGCUGCUGCUCCUCCUCCCAGAGUUGUCAUCCACACCUUCGAUUUGUCCAUCAGGACUAUAUGCCGGGAUCUAAGAGGACUUCCAAACUGUACAAGUUAACCUGCCUGCCUGCCCCAUAUGUAGAAGAACAAAUGGCAUGAAAAAUCUCCAAGGCUAUCCCCCAGUGUUUCUGCUUGUAUUUGCACCUAGUUGCACCUGUUCUGCAAACAACAUGAACAUAACAGUCAUUCAAGGACAGGCAAGAAAAAGCAACAAGGACAUUGCUCACUUCUUCUGGAACACUAAUGCACACAUUCAAGUGCUCCCCCCCCCCUUUUAAAUAGUCCUAUCCAAUGAGCCACUGCACUGCGACUACAGCUUUGAGGAUCAAUCACGCACGUAUUGUUGCUGGCAUGAGAGCUGGAAUUGGGUCCCUGCAGUAGUCCAAUUGCUGACACAGAUACUAGGAGGAUUGUCACCAGCCAGAAUUUUUACUGGCCUCUCCAGAAUUUUAUGCUCUUGUCCUGUUGCCAGAACUGGGGGAUGCAAAGUCAGGGAUAAAAAAAGAUCUCACCAAGGCAUUAUUGCCAUUAUGGUGCAUACAAGUGCUGUUUUGGUACAGACUUCAGACAAAGUGUUGCUUGAGGGCAGUGGCUAUACCUAUGGGCCAAAGAAACAUGCACAUGCUAGAAUACCUGUGUGUUACUGAUAAAAAUGUAUGUACAUUGUGCUGCCAUAUAAAGUGUCAUGGUGCCUGUUACUGGGUGCAUGUCUUAAGACUGUGUUUGGGUCUGUUGGUUUCCAGGCAUCCCAGAGGAGAGCUAGUUUAUCUCCUGCUCUAUCUAGGGAUUGGCAGAGCUUCCUCACAGGUAGUUCAGCAUCUGUGGAGUUGCGGCCAGCCCAAGGUGAGGCAGGUGAGGUAGAUGCAGAAUCCCAGCUUCUGCUGCACAGGAGGGCAAUCUUUGCACGAGCAAUGAAAAAUCCACAUCACAAAGGAAAAGCAUCCUGCAUAUUUUGUCCUUUUAAACAAGGAUGCAUUUUUUUUCUCAUAGGAAGAGGAAGGAAUCAUGAGGGGCUAUAGACUUGGCCUUUUUCAAACAAGUCAGCAGGGAAGAUACUUAACAGAUUUUUCUUUCUUUCUUUCUAGAAAGUUAUUAUCUCUGGUUCCUGGAGUGA